AUGACCAGGGGUGGGACCGCGUGGCUGCCCUCAGCUCUGCUCCUCCUGCACAUCCCAGGCUGUUUCCCCCUGAGUGGCCCCAGCGCUGUGAGGGGCACCGUGGGCGGGUCCCUGAGGCUGAAGUUUCAGUAUGAGCAGAAAUUCCAGGCGAAUAGCAAGUACUGGUGCAGAAAGCCACACCACCUGCUCUGCGACAAGAUCGUGGAGACCCAAGCAUCAGAGCUGGAAGUGCGGAGCGGCCGAGUGUCCAUCAGGGACCACCCUACCAGCCUCACCUUCAUAGUGACCUUGGAGAACCUCACAGAGGAGGACGCAGGCACCUACUGGUCUGCGAUUAAGAGACCCUGGGAUCUGGAUCGCACCCAGCAGGUUGUGGUGUUCGUGUCCCCAGAUCGAUUUGACGUCCCUGGGUGUGUGAAGGGAAGGCCUUCCUCUAGUCCAGGAGGCUUCACGACAGGCUGCUCUCCGGGGAGUCCGACGGGGGAGGCUCUGUCUAGAUUCCUCUCCUGCUCAUUCCAUCCCGACAGUGACCUGGUCUGUGAGUCAGGGCUCCACAGGGGACAGGGAUGGGAGACCAGGUGGGGUCAGAGUCCUGACUGUGUUUUUCCCUCAGCCCCAACCACAAGCUCCAGCCCUGAGAGACCCACACCAGGUCCUCCCACCAUCCUGCCAGUGGGCACCUGGUCUACCGCAACCAGACAGGACACCUCGGACCUCAGCCCACAGCCCUGGUCCCUGGUCAGCAGUAUCCACUUCCUGCUCCUGGUCUUCCUGAAGUUGCCCCUGCUCCUGGGCAUGCUCAGUGCUGUCCUCUGGGUGAAUCGGCCUCAGAGAACCUGGGGGAGGCAGAGCCGGUGGAAGCAGGCCUUCAAAGCUAAAGCCUGUAAGGUUGCCAGGCCCUCCUGGCUCGCAUAUGUUUUAUGA